CGAAAGGGUAGAAAAUACUUCCGAGGACGACAUGCCCUGCAAGCUGUGACGGGCAGACGCCAUCCCCAGCGACAUGGCCAUGGUGUCACCCGUUUCUGCCGGAGGCGGACAUGCAGACAACACCCGGGCCAAGACGCCCCGCAAUCUAUCGGCCUGUGACGCAUGUCGCGCCCGGAAAGUCAAGUGCAUCUACUCCCACGAAGACGACGACGGCAACGAAUGCCGAGGGUGUCGACAUGCGGGCAUCAGGUGUACUCGGGACAAGCCUCGCCGAACCAGAGGCCCAGGCAAGAGACAAUGGUCACAGCACUCUCCUCUGCCGGCUGCCACGUCGCCGACCCUCAGCCGGUUUUCACAAUCAUCAGACUCACGGUUAGCCUCAACACCAACACGAGGCACAACCGACACCAUCUUCCCGCCUUCCCCCUUCGUCACCGACGGAGACGGCGACUUCCAUGGAGUAUGCUCGCGCUCCACCAUAUUGACCAUCUUGACCGACUGGGCCGACCAGGUCUAUCCGCUAGCGCCGCUUCUGCACCGGCAGACUUUCCUCCAUCGUCUCCUCUCACGAGAGGAUGAACGCAACCCAGUGUUUUGUGCAUUGGUGCUCUCAACCUGCGCCGUGACAGUCAGCACCCUGCGGCGGCUGAGCUUCCAGAAAUAUCCCGGUGUGACCGUCAUGCGUUGCGUUGCUGCCAUUGAUCAAGCUCAGAUGCUGCAGCCAAGGACAUACACGCUCGAUUGGUGCAUUUGCUGCUACAACGUGGCUUCGUCCCUCUCCGCCCUGGAUGGCCCGCAGUUUCUGCGGCAGUAUGAGACGAUCAAGGAUGCGAUCGCCGGUGUUCAGUGGCUGCUUUUCUGUGAACCCAGGCGCGAGGUCAUGGCCUUGCACGACCGCGAGAUAUCGCGUCGCUUGUUCUGGCUCAUGACCAUGUGGCAGCUUGCUGCCGAAAUGCGAGGCGAGACUUUCUUGACCUUCUUGCCUUCACGAUCGCUCUCACUUGAUCUCGACUCUACUCGACCCAGACCCCUGAGCGACAGUGAGCUAGGCGUGCCACGCCCAGAGAAUCUUGAUACUUCAAUGCUUGACACGGAGGCAAAGGCAAUAUGGCUGAAGGACAACGACCAGUACAUUACUGGCCUCAACAGUCUCCUUGAUGUCAUGAUGGUCUGGGAGCACGUCAAGAUUGACAUGGCGCACCGCCCGGCGGCAGACACUCUGCAAGCCGGGAUGGCGCGCAUGCAGGCGGUCAUGGACAACCUUGCGCCGGAGCUACGCUGGCGAGGCGGCCUCACCAGGUUUCCCGUGCCUUCGCCAGGUCACGAAGCGCAGACGUUGAAUAUUCUAAUCACGAGCCUCUACAUACGGUCCAACUUGCUCCAACAUCUCGGAACAGUGCCGGGCAUUUCGCACGCUAGUAUCGUGAGUGACGUCCUUGGCAUACUCGAACAUAUAUCUCCCGAUGUGCACGAGGCGAAUGGAUUUAGCUUGGUCAAGAAGAUUCGAGAUAUUGGCGCAGCAUAUCUGCAGGAGCUACGCUUUUCAGGCGACGGCCCUCUGGACGUGGUGGAUGAUUCUGCACAGCGCACCGUCAACAUUCUGCUGGCGAGGCUGGAGAAACUGGACUUUCGGGGCCCUUUACAGCAUGACAGCGUCUGACUCUUGUCGGACAGUCUUCCUGUCGUCUUGUAUCAUGCAAAAAAACCAAACAGGCAGGCUUUCAAGAUACAGUUUCC